AUGAACGACAAAAUGAACCUUGAAGGAUAUUCGGACGCGGACUGGGCUGGCGACGUGGACACUCGACGAAGCACAAGUGGCUACGCGUUCAUGAUGAAUGGCGGAUGCAUCAGCUGGAGAAGCAAGAAGCAGCGCACGGUUGCACUAUCUUCAACGGAAGCAGAAUACAUGGCGUUGACCGAAGCUGUUCAAGAAUCCAUUUGGCUGAAGGCGUUCCUGUGCGAACUUGGCGAAAUGUCGAUCAACGAAGCCGUCAAGAUCCAUGAAGAUAAUCAAGGAUCGAUGGCGUUGGCCAAGAACCCGGAAUGCCACAAGCGUACCAAGCACAUCGAUAUUCGCUAUCACUUCGUGCGGGAGAAGGUCGAAGACGGUCAAGUGCUGCUACAAUACUGCUCAACGAAGGACAUGCUGGCCGACUUGAUGACCAAGCCAAUUAGCGCGGUACAAUUUGAAGGUCUCCGAAACAAGCUGGGAAUCAAGCCACCAAGCGCGGCCGAGUCGAGUGGGAGUGUUGAAGAGAAGGCGUCUCGACCGACGAAGGAAUACCGGUAG